UGUACCCGCACACUACUUCAACACUUGCGUGCACGUACAGACACACACCCUAACUUCCUUCUCUGCUUCAACCUCCUCGAUCCAUUGUCAGGGACCAACGACCCCCAAAACUCCCCGCCUCUCGGCCUGCCGCUUCAGCUCCACCAGGAGGCAAGAGCAGUUUAGGACCCACCGCCCAGACCCGCCCCCCCCAUGCCCCUCACUUCUUGGAACUCGAGAUAAGAUUGAGGCUAGCUUCGAGGAGGGUGGUGACGGAUGGGGAGUCCUGGGGGUGGCGGCUGGAAGAGGGAAGAGUAGGAAGAGUCCCCCAGGGUGGCGAGAUGAAAAGAAUAGAAAACUGGUGCUUGAGCCACGGGAGGAGAGAAUCUUGGCAGGACUGAAGAGAAAGCAUUGGGAAUAGCUAUGGAGCAUUAUGAGGCAGGAGUCACCGGGCAAAAGGAAGGAAGGAAGAGAAAUAGAAGACAAUGGAGUGUGCCUUCCCUAGAGGUGCUGCAGGAAGAGGUAGCCACAGCAACACCAAAGAGGUUGGGGCUGAGCAGCAGGAAAAAAACAUAAUUAAGCUACUUCCUAAUGACACACAAGGGAAACAUGAACCAUCAUCACCACCAAAGAUAUUCAUCCACUCCAGGAUCUGAAGUUUACUUAAUACAAGAGACAUUUGCAUUUUGAAAUAGGGGAGAUCUAUUGGCUGUCUUAGUGUUAGGAUAAGAAGACUCCAUGCAGACCACCAUCCUUCUGUUGGGAAAACAUUUCCUCAUGGUGAACAUGUUACAAUGAGGAUUGCAAUGGGCCACCUCCUUGCAUUUCUCUUGGGACUGGUAUUUGAAGCCACUUCUGUGUUCGGAAUUCCUUCUUGCUCAGCCGACGGACAAAUUGCCUUAUAUCAUUCCUGCAACCUCACCCAAGUCCCCCAAGUGCCAAACACCACUAUUAACCUGUUGCUAAGUUUUAACCACAUCAGGGUAGUCAAUGCCACUUCAUUCCCUCUAUUGGAGAAGCUUCGAUUGCUAGAGCUAGGAACUCAGUACACUCCUCUGAUAAUUGAGAGAGAAGCUUUCAGAAACUUGCCCAACCUUACAGUAUUGGACAUUGGCUAUAGUCACAUUCAGUUUUUGCAUACUGAUGCUUUUCAAGGCUUGCCCAACUUGAUUGAAUUACGGCUAUUUUACUGUGGUUUCUCAGAUUCCAUUCUAAAAGAUGGUUAUUUUAGAAAUUUAAGUUCUUUGGCUAUAUUGGAUCUAUCUAAAAAUCAUAUCCAAAGUCUUCACCUUCAUCCUUCUUUUGGAGAUCUGGAAUCUUUGGAAUCCAUAGACUUGUCUCGGAAUGAAAUAUCGCUUGUAUGUGAAAGAGAUCUUGAGCCCCUCCAAGGGAAAAGAUUCUCUAUGUUUAAUCUUGCUUCCAAUAGCCUCUAUAGAAGCAUCUCAGUCAACUGGGAAAAGUGCAUGAAUCCUUUCAAAAGCAUGUUCCUUGAGAUCCUGGAUGUCUCAGACAAUGGCUGGACAGUAGACAUCAUACGAGACUUUGGUCAUGCUAUCAAUGGAACCAAGAUUUCUUCUUUGCUUCUUGACAGGCAUAUCAUGGGUGCAGGAUUUGGUUUUCAUAACAUAAAGGAACCUGACCAAGGCACAUUUGCUGCACUGGGCAUGAGUUCAGUGAUAAACAUGGAUAUUUCACACGGCUACAUAUUCUCCCUAAAUUUUCAUCUGUUUGAGACCCUCAAAGAGUUGAAAGUUUUAGACAUUUCACAUAACAAGGUAAACAAGAUUGCUAAAGAAGCAUUUUAUGGCCUUGACAGUCUCCAGGCUCUCAAUCUGUCCUAUAACUUGCUGGGAGAACUCUACGAAUCUGAUUUUUAUGGACUGCGUAAAGUUGCUUACAUUGAUCUACAAAAAAAUCACAUUGGGGUGAUUCAGGAGAAGACAUUCAAACAUUUGAAAAAUUUAAAAACUCUGGAUCUUCGUGAUAAUGCUAUUAAAACAGUUAAUUUUCUUCCAAAUUUAAAUACUAGCUUCCUAAGUGGCAAUAAAUUGGUAAGUUUUCAAAAUGUCCAAAUAAUUGCUGAAUUCCUUGAUUUAGCACAAAACAGGUUGGAAAAUCUGAAUGACCUCUAUACUCUUCUCCAGACUCCAGGUCUGAAGUUUCUCAUUUUAAAUCAAAAUCGAUUUUCCUUUUGUCAUCAACAGUAUAGUCCUUUAAAGAACCAUACCUUAGAGCAGCUUUAUCUUUCAGAAAAUAUGCUGCAACUGGUCUGGCAAGCAGGAUCAUGUUGGGAUGUGUUUAAGAGACUUUCUCAUCUUAAAGCCCUCUUCCUGAAUAAUAAUUACCUUGAUUUCCUUCCACCUGGUGUUUUCAGUGAUCUGACUGCAUUACAAAUCCUUAGCCUGGAUGGCAACAGGCUGACAUCUCUAUCUCCUGGUGUUCUACCUGAAAAUUUAAGAGUCUUACUUUUAUCCCACAACCACCUGCUAUCCCCUGACCCUACCAUAUUUGCAUCACUGAGCCACCUAGGUAUAACCCACAACAAAUAUAUCUGUGAGUGUGAAACCAGAAAUUUUAUCCUUUGGCUGAACCAAACCAAUGUCACCAUGUUCGGGUCUCCUGAGGAUGUCUACUGCACAUAUCCUGACUCAUUCUCUGGGGUCUCACUUUAUUCAAUUUCCACAGAGGGUUGUGAUGAAGAGGAAGCCCUAAAAUUAAUUAAUUUUUCACUUUUCCUCUUCUUCACCACUACCUUGACUCUGUUCCUCACAGCAGUUGUGAUGUUCACAAAGUUCCGUGGGCACUGUUUUUUCCUCUGGCAUAAGAUGGUCCUGAGACUGGUAUUCAAAGACCAUCCCCAGGGAGUAGAAGAGGAUCAGCACAAAUAUGAUGCAUAUUUGUGCUUCAGUAACAAAGACUUUGGAUGGGUGCAGAAUGCACUGCUCACUCACUUGGACUCCCGGUACAAUUCUGAAAAUAGAUUUAACCUGUGUUUUGAGGAAAGGGACUUCCUCCCAGGAGAGGAUCACAUCAGCAACAUCCAGGAUGCCAUUUGGAGUAGCAGGAAGACUAUUUGCAUUGUGACGAGGCAUUUCCUCAAAGAUGGCUGGUGCAUUGAAGCUUUCAAUUUCGCCCAGAGCAGAUACUUCUCUGAUCUUAAAGAUGUCCUCAUCAUGGUGGUAGCUGGAUCCCUCUCCCAGUAUCAGUUGAUGAAAUACCCACCUAUCCGAGUCUUUGUGCAGAGGCAACCAUACCUGAGGUGGCCUGAGGACCUUCAGGAUGUUGGCUGGUUCUUAAAUAAACUCUCUCAAUGCAUACUCACCAAAAAAGAAGAAAAGAAGAAAUCUAACAACAUCCCCUUGCAAACUGUAGCAACCAUAUCCUAGCCAAAGAAGACAUUCUCAACCUCAACUCCUGCCAGAAGUUAUUCUUCUCAUUAUAUUUGCAUUACAUAUGUCUGGCUGUUUCUUUGGAAGCAACCAGUAGACACAAUAGAUAGAAUGCUAGACUGGGAGUUAGACUGAGUUCCUGUCUCUGACCUUGGAUGGCUGUGAGACCUUGAGCAAGUUGAUUUACCUCUUCCAGAUCCAGUUUCCUCAUCUGUCAAAUGAGGAUGAUCAUAUGAAG